AACAGAUGGCCUGAGCAGCGGCGGCGGCGGCUGCACCGCUGAACUCUGGGACGGCGCUACACUGAGAGGAAGAGGAGGGAGGGAGGAAGGAGGUGUGGGAAAGUCCGAACUGAGGAAAACUUCCUCCUGCUUCUCCUCAGCAGGAAAACAUGAGCAGAAGUUCUAGUGGAUCCGUAGAUGGAAGCAGCAGUUACACAGUCUGAUCUUCAUCUUCCUCCUCCUGCCGGUUCGGUCAGAGAGGAAAACACCUGCUGAACCCCGGAGGAGUAAAGGAGGAGGAGCAGAGGAGGAGGAGCAGAGGAAGAGCAGAGGAGGAGGAGCAGAGGAAGAGCAGAGGAGGAGGAGCAGAGGAGGAGCAGAGGAGGAGGAGCAGAGGAAGAGCAGAGGAGGAGGAGCAGAGGAAGAGCAGAGGAGGAGGAGCAGAGGAAGAGCACUACGCUGCAGGAGGUUGACAGAUCAUCUGACCCUCUGAUCAGAACCGGGCCUCGCUGGCGGCCAUGGCGGCCCGACUACUCCUCCUCUUCCUCUCCCUCUUCCUGUUCGUCUCCAUGGCGAUCGGAGACGCUCAGUUCCCGCCCGGACAGCGGAUGAAGCCGCGCAUCCAGAGAGACAGACGCAACAUCCGGCCGAACAUCAUCCUCAUCCUUACGGACGACCAGGACGUGGAGCUCGGAUCCAUGCAGGCCAUGAACAAAACGCGCCGCAUCAUGGAGGAGGGCGGGACCUUCUUCUCCAACGCCUUCGUGACCACGCCCAUGUGCUGCCCGUCGCGUUCGAGCAUGCUCACUGGGAAGUACGUCCACAACCACAACACCUACACCAACAACGAGAACUGCUCGUCGUUGUCGUGGCAACGCCAGCACGAACCGCGGACCUUCGGCGUCUACCUCAACAACACGGGAUACCGAACAGCUUUCUUCGGGAAGUACCUGAACGAGUACAACGGCUCGUACGUUCCCGCUGGGUGGAGGGAGUGGCUGGGCCUGGUGAAGAACAGCCGCUUCUACAACUACACCCUGAGCCGCAACGGCGUCCGGGAGAAACACGGAGCGCAGUACCCUCAGGAUUAUCUGACCGACCUGAUCACAGCCGAGUCCAUCCGCUAUUUCCGCUCCUCGAAGCGGAUCUACCCGCACCGGCCGGUCCUGAUGGUUCUGAGCCACGCCGCGCCGCACGGACCCGAAGACUCGGCGCCGCAGUUCAGCAACGCCUUCGCCAACGCGUCACAGCACAUUACUCCCAGUUACAACUACGCCCCAAACCCAGACAAGCACUGGAUCAUGCGCUACACGGGCCCCAUGAAGCCCAUCCACAUGGAGUUCACCAACGUGCUGCAGAGGAAGCGGCUGCAGACGCUGCUGUCUGUGGACGACAGCGUGGAGCAGCUCUUCAACAUGCUGGUGGAGACGGCAGAGCUGGAGAACACCUACAUCAUCUACACGUCCGACCACGGCUACCACAUCGGGCAGUUCGGCCUAGUUAAAGGUAAAUCCAUGCCGUAUGAGUUUGACAUCAGAGUCCCGUUUUACAUCAGAGGACCGAACGUGGAGCAAGGCGGCAUAAACCCCCACAUGGUCCUGAACAUCGACCUGGCUCCCACCAUCCUGGACAUCGCGGGCCUGGACACGCCGCCGGACAUGGACGGGAAGUCCAUCCUGUCCCUGCUGGACACGGACAAACCUGCCAACAGGUUCCAGGUGAGCAGGAAGCCGAAGGUGUGGAGAGACUCGUUCCUGGUGGAGAGAGGGAAGUUGCUGCACCAGCAGGUGGAGGGGAAGGAGGUUUCUCAGGAGGAGAACUUCCUGCCCAAACACCAGCGAGUCAAAGACCUGUGUCAGAGAGCCGAGUACCAGACGCCCUGCCAGCAGACCGGACAGAAGUGGCAGUGUGUGGAGGACGCGUCCGGAAAACUGCGGCUCUUCAAGUGCAAGAACGAAGGGGGCGAGGCCAAGGUCUUCCAGAGGGGCGUGGCCAGCCUCCAGCAUCCAAUCAGCAUCAAGUCUCAGCUGUACGCUCCCAACCCAGACGCCUGCAACUGCGACUUCAGCGACCUCCUGCCCACGAGCCUCCGGCCCUCCGUGACGACGUCGUUCAAGAACAAGUCCUUCUUCUCCAAGAAGAAGUUUAAAACCCUGAAAAGCUUCUCAAGGAACCGCUAUAGCCGCUCGCUGUCCGAGCUGAACGGUUACCCUGGCAACCAGACCCUGGUGGGCGGAGCCAGUCAGAAUGAACCCGAGGACGAGUUCAGCGGGAUGGGAGGAGUUACCGAUGCGCCGGCACCAUCUAGCGCCGUCAGAGUGACUCACAGGUGCUCCAUCCUGUCCAACGCCUCGGUGAAGUGCGACACCAGAGUUUAUAAAUCUCUGCAGGCCUGGAAAGACCACAAGCUGCACAUCGACCACGAGAUCGAGACUCUGCAGACCAAGAUCAAGAACCUGAGAGAGGUCAGAGGUCACCUGAAGAAGUCCCGCCCCCUGGAGUGCGACUGCAACAAGUACCUGUACAAAGCCAAACUGAAGAAGAAGCUUCGCUUCAGAGGAGGAGGCCUUCAUCCCUUCAGCAGGAAGGGCGGGGCAUGGAAUAAGAAGAGCUGGCUUCAGAAGGAGCAGAAGAGGAGGAAGAAGAUGAGGAAGAUGAUCAAGAGGAUCAGGAACAACGACACGUGUUCGAUGCCCGGACUCACCUGCUUCACACACGACAACCAGCACUGGCACACCGCCCCCUUCUGGACAUUGGGAUCGUUCUGCGCCUGCACCAGCGCCAACAACAACACCUACUGGUGCCUGAGGACCAUCAACGAGACGCACAACUUCCUGUUCUGUGAGUUCGCCACCGGAUUCCUGGAGUACUUCGACCUGAGCACCGACCCGUACCAGCUGAUAAACGCCGUCAGCUCGUUGGACCGGACGGUUCUGAACCAGCUGCACGUCCAGCUGAUGGAGCUCAGAGGCUGCAGGGGUCACAAGCAGUGCAAUCCUCGCACGCGCUCAGUAGAGCUGGCAGGAGGGCGGGCUCAUGGCGGCUUUGGUGACUACAGGCUGUUUGAGAGGAGGAAGUGGCCGAAAGUGAAGAAGCCUUCAUCAUCCCGAACGCUAGGUCCGAUCUGGGACGGCUGGAAGGGAUAAGCUUCCUGAUUGGCUGACACCGGCUCCAGACUCCGCCCACCACAGCCGUCUGAAGCAGGAAGGCGUGGCCAAGGAGGUGACAUCACAGAUCGACCGCCACGACCCUGUGUCGGCGGUCAGCCAAUCACCUUCUGCUACUUUUGUGACAUCACUGGGAGGAAACGCUGGACGCGCCUCUUCAUCAUCUGCUCCUCCCUCCUCUUCCUCCUCUCCGUCGGGCUGCUGCUGUCGCUCCGAGGAGGAAGAGGAGGCUGAGGCAGGAGGAGCAGGAGCAGGAGGAGAACAGGGAAAGGAAACAUUUAGAAAGCAUCACUGUUAAAGUCACAUCUUCCCAGAUAAAUUCCUCCUUAUUCUUGUCUGAUUUUGAAUUAAAUUUGAGAAAAUUUCUUCUUUUUAGAAAGAUGAGUCAGAAUCCUUCCUCCUCCUCUUCCUCCCAUCGGCCGCCUUCAUCCCGUGUUUUUGUAUUUAGUUUGUCUGCAAGGCGCUGAAGGACCGCUUCGUGUUUGACGUCGCCACUAAUGUGGUCAUGUGAUUUCCUCCUUUAACUUCACUGUUGGUUACCAUGGUGACCGACAGCAUUACUAACCCACGGCGCGCCACCGCCGCGAGAAGACGACGAGAACUUUUCUGAUUGGAGGAGGAGUUCCUGACGUCUCGUGAGCCAAUCAGAGACAGGACUCUGUUUUUGUGUGUGUUUGAUUUUUAACCGUCCAAUCACCUUCCUCCUCCUCCUCCUCCUCCUCCUCUUCCUCCUUUUUAUCCACUGAGCUGAUGGAGGAACGGAUCUGGAGGAAGGAAAAGCUUCCAGGAAAACAUGACUGGACUCACACAGGAAGUUGAGAUGUCAACUUCCUGUCUGCAGAGUUUCUCUAGUAUUCAUUCAUAAAGUAGUUUCUGUUCGGUAAGGGCAGAGAUUUGCUCUGUUGGGCGGGACAUGACGUCUUUACUCUGCAGUUUUAACUCUGAUUUCCUACAUUUCCCACAAUGCCUUCAUGAAUGUGUGGAGUUGCUGUUCAACAUGUCAGCUUCCUCCUGCUAGCUCUGCUAGCUAUCAAAAAUCAGAAAAUGCCAAGUCAUUGGUUGCUAUGGUGAUCCCCUCCUUAAGAGAUGUGCAGGUGGAGAAAUUCAGCAAUAUUAUAAAUCACAACAUGAACAUGAUUAUGUUUUGGUUGAAACUUGUAAAGACUUUAUGGUGAAUAAAUGUGAUGUUUUCUGAUCUGCUCAGAAACUAUGGAAACCCAUUCAUACCAUGAAACAGGAAGUCAUAUUAUUAAUCUUUAUAUUAUCAUUAUUGUUGUUACUACCAGAGCUUCUGUUAGUAAUACUUUUACCUAUGAGAAUAUUGAAGAUUAUUACUUUAUUUAAUGUACUGCAUUAAUAAAGAACCUGAGAGAAGAAUGAAGGUAGAAAGAGGAAACAUCGACCGAUGUUUUUCAAUAAGUUUAUUCUUUUAUCCAUUCCUUUGAACGUUUAUAACUUACUGUUUUGUUUUUGUACUUUACAUAUUUUGAUGUUAAUGUUCCAUUAACAUCAAUAUAUGAAUAUUUUAAAAUCAGAGGAAGCACGGCCGUUUUCCUCUUUAUUCUGACUUUAAAACUUGUAUUUAUGACUUCCUGUUUUCUUUCUUUAAUGGCAGGAAUGGGCUUCCAUAUGAAUCUCCUCUUUCUGCAUUAAAAAUGUUUUUAUGAUUUGAGUAAAACGGAGGAUCUGCUGGAAGCAGGCUGGUUGAUUCUGUGUGAUUCGGACUCUGGACCUGUGAAGGUUCACGUUGGGUUCAGUCCGUCUGACCCAGAGGUUGCUGGUUCUGGGUUCAGUCCGUCUGACCCAGAGGUUGCUGGUUCUGGGUUCAGUCCGUCUGACCCAGAGGUUGCUGGUUCUGAUCCAGAAGCUGUUGGAGAAGUUCCCUCCUCUCCAGUGUGAAUCCAGUCCGUCUCGCUCCGAUCCGCCAACCUCGGUUGUGUUUGAAUGUAAAAGUUUAGAUGUGUUUUUAUUUGUAAAGAUCGGGCCGGUUCUGACCGGACUGGACACGCAGAAGGACAAACUGCAGAGCACUUUGACUGGUGGACGAUUGUUGCAGCCCCACUGACCGGUGGAAACACGGGUCACUGAGUUUAGUCUGUGAAUAAAGUGUUGAACGCCAAA